AGGAUAUUAAAAUUGGAGGGAAGAUUUAUUUAAUUAAUAAAAACCAAUGUGUAUUUGUAUUGACGUAAUGAAAUAUUGUUCAGAUUUCAUCAUGUUGUUUAUGCUUUCCUUCAUUAUCAUGGCAGUUGUUUCACAAGAGAUUUACAAUUUGUCAAACUUAGAGUUCGUUCAACUCUUAGAAAGAAUGGUUUACGAAGGAGAAAUCGAUCUGAAAGAAAAUGAUAUAAAAUUUUUUUUAUUGACGAGAAAAAAAUCGGGAUUCCCUGAACAGAUCACUAGUGACAAGAUUAAUGCUUUCGAUAUUAGCAAGCCGACAAAAUUUAUCAUACAUGGAUGGAUCGAAAACUACAAAGUUGGCUGGUAUACAGAGAUGAAAGAUGAAUUUUUGAAAUAUGAAGAUGUGAACGUAGUUUAUGUUGAUUGGGAAAAAGUAGCUAAGACGUUUUAUAUUUUAUCAGCGAAAAAUUCCAAACAAGUUGGUGAAAUGAUAGGCCGGUUCAUAGUGAAAAAUAAACUGCCCACUAAAAACUUGCAUCUUAUCGGACAUUCUUUGGGAGCACACAUUGCAGCUUUUGCCUCAAAAUUCAUCAAAAAAACAACAGGUAGGACAGUUUGGAGAAUAAGCGCCUUGGACCCGGCUGGACCUUAUUUUAGACUUCCUGAUAAGACUGAGAAUGACAAAUUAGACAGAAAAGAUGCUGAAAUAGUAGAUGUCAUCCACACAGAUGCCAAAAUUUUUGGAAUGGAUGGAUUGGUAGGAACUCUUGAUAUUUAUGUUAAUGGUGGUACUAGAAGACAACCCGGAUGUGACGAUGGAAGAUUGUCACUCGACUUGCAGGUAUCUCUGAAAAAUAGUCUAUGUAGCCAUGCGAGAAGCCAUGCAUAUUUCAUCCAGUCAAUAAAUAACGCAGAUAUUGUUUGUAAGAAAUGCCACUCUUAUGAAGACCUUGUAAUUGAUAACUGUAGUAGCAGAGACGUAUACAGGAUCACACAUCAAAAUAUAACUAAAGACAUGAAAGGAUUAUGUUCAGUGUCUACAACUUCUUAUCCUCCUUAUUUUGUAAACUGAGUUUUUCU